UCCCUUUGAGUAUCUCACAGCAAUUCCGAAAUAAGGAUUCCAAUCAUGGCUUAUCCAUCUAUGUGUUUGUGGAAGUAAUAGAGAAUACAAAAAGAGAAACUUAUUCCAAUAUAUUCCUAUAUAUAUAUACACACAAAAUUUAUAGGGUACUUCACUAGCAAAGUGAAGCUGGUUAAAGUUUCUUGGCAACCUCAAAGUUUAAAGAAGUGAAUGAGACUUUGCAGUUGCAGGGAGAGGAAAUAAAGUGAGCAAGCAAAGCGUUUGAUAGCUAAACUAGUUUACUUGAAUCAAGGGACAAGCUUUCUUGUUUGAUUUUUGUUUUCUUUUUGAAGUCACCAUGGACUCUUCAAAACUCCAUUCUCAAUUCAAGGUUGAAGAACAGUAUGUUAAGUAUGCUUCUCUGCUAACUCAAACCGGCCAUCAAAUAUCAACCGAAGAUGAAAGGAAGCCCGACCACUUCCCGAGUUUUGGUAGCAGACACAAUAGGAAUUCGGUCGAAACCAUCCCGAAAUCAAGGGAUCUAUGGACACCCCCUUUGAUAAGGACUUCAUUGAAUGAGGAUAGCUUCGACCAACAACCCGCAAAUGAGUUUCUCCUUGCAAAUACCAAAGAUGAUAUGUCAGGCUCCUUCCCCAAACUGAGUGAGACGAUGUAUUGCAACUCUAGCGCAGAGGACUCGUAUUUACUGUCUAGAAAACACUAUCCACAGUCCAGUGAUCAAGAUCUAGGAGGAAAUCUAUGGCACAGAAAUUUUUCCGUUGCUGACAACAUGACUGAGAGGCAGUCAUCGUCUGGAAACUUUUACACUGAUGCUAAUGGUCAGUCCCCAUGUUCGGGAACCGCAGCAGCUAGCGGAUAUGAUUUCAAUCAUAUCUUUCCAAAUGCAAAUAUUUCUACCCCAGAUAUGUGUUCCACAUUGAUUUCAAACUAUUUGGACUUGAACUUAAAAUCCUUGGAUCUUUUGACCUCUACAUAUGAUAUUGGUGGGAGUUACAAUCGAUCUUUUGUCGAAAUUCCUGGAAAAUUAAGCAGAAAUGUGCUUAUGGGCCAUGAUCUCAGAAGAGAAAGCAAUGUUAGUCCAUCCACCAGCUCCGAAGUAUCAGCCUUUGUUAGUGGAUCAACAAGCACAAAGAGACCUGGUAGCUUUUCCGAGUCAAAGGACUCCCAUACCGAUGCUAAGAAGCAGCGGUCCUCAAUGUCACAAUCCCCAUGCCCAACAUUAAAGGUUAGAAAGGAGAAACUAGGAGACAGGGUUGCAGCACUUCACAAGCUGGUGGCACCAUUUGGCAAGACAGAUAUUGCUUCAGUGUUAACAGAAGCCAUUGGCUACAUCCAGUUCCUCCAUGACCAAGUUGAGACAUUGAGUGUGCCAUUUUUGAAAUCAUCACAAACCAAGCUUUAUAGAACAAUGCAAAUGGGUUCGAAAGAAGAAGGAAAAGAAGAGCAGAAGCCUGAUCUUACAAGUAGAGGACUAUGCCUGGUGCCCCAGUCUUGCGCCGAGUACUUUAUUAAUUGUUGCUUUAGUUGAAUUUAGACGUCCCCUUUUGAGAAACUCGAGGUUGUACAUAAAAAAAAUGAUUUUGGCCUUCGGAAUUAUGAAAACUACUGGUGUAGGCUCAAGGUCUGGUUAUUGAGACAGAAAGCUUUAGCUGGUUCAUAUAUAUUUGUCAACCUCCAUGAAAAAAUAUUUG